UGCAAUCACAGUGUGUGUUUUUAUGAGUAUUUUGAUAAUAUGGCUUAUAAUAGACCAGAACCGCUGUCAGGAAAAUACGAAGGGUCCUAUGCUUACCUGACUAUUAGAGACAGAAUGCCUGUGAUUUUGACUAAAGUUAUUGAUGGUAUACAUCGCAAGGCUACUGCUUACACCAAAGAAAACAAUAAGGAGUAUGCAGAAGAUGCCAAAGGUCUUGUUUCCAAAUUAUCAGAGUUGAACUACAAGAUGAAAACAAACAAACCAUUAACCAAUAUUGAAGAUAAGAAGAAUGAUGUCAAGUUAUGGAAUGACAUCUUGGAGAGUGUAAAGGUUGAUGGRAAUGAUUUAGCCUGGUAUAACGGCGCUUGGUUGACUUGUGAGACUUACUUGUAUCGCAAGAUUUAUGAAGCAUUUGCACUCAGCAACUAUCACCAGGAUUGUGAUCCAUUCAAGGAUCAGAAACAAGCAUCAUUCAUCUUACAAAAAGAAAACAUCACAUCUUUAGCCAACAUCCUCUUGUCAGGCAUUGGCUUGCUGACUAAGAAUUCUGGGAGUGAUGAUCAAACUUACAGUCUUUUUGAAACUCUUCUUCAGUUCAGUCUCUGGGGAAACAAGUUUGAUUUGUCAGUAUUUAGUGGUGAAAUUCUUGCACAGCACUCCCAACUAGCUUCAAGACUACAAAACAUGAAGAGCAAAAUCCUUGCAAAUGACACCCCAAAAGCUUGGGCAGCAUUAGAGAGCCAAGGUAACCCCAGAAUUGACUUCAUCUUGGACAAUGCUGGCUUGGAACUGUUCACAGAUCUUUGUUUGGCAGAAUUUCUACUCAAUUCUACAAACACAUCUGURGUCCAUCUUCACAUCAAGGACAUCCCAUGGUUUGUGUCCGAUACUACUGAAGCAGACAUCAACUGGACUUUGAAGCAGCUGCAAGAUUCUGAUAUUGAUUUCCUUUCACAGUUGGGACAUAGRUGGUCAAAACGCAUUUCCAAUGGAUCAUUUGUGGUCAGAAAGCAUUUGUUUUGGACACUCUGUCAUGACUUUAGCCAAAUGAAAUCAGUUGCAAAUGAUUUGUAUAAUGAUUUAUCCAAGUCCAAGUUCUUGUUUUUCAAGGGGGAUCUUAACUAUAGGAAAUUAGUAGGAGACCUGAAUUGGCCUUACACUACACCAUUUAGUGUUGCAUUAUGUGGCUUUUCUCCAGCCCCCUUGUGUGCAUUAAGGACGGUGAAAGCUGAAGUAGUUGUUGGUCUUGAAGAAGGAAGAGCUGAACAAGCUCAAUCAGCAGACACAGACUGGAUGAUAAGUGGUGACUAUGCUGUCAUACAGACCUCCUUUUACACUAACGGACAAUAAUAAUGCUUUUCGAAUAUCCUGGUUUUGAUACUGUACCUUCUGGAAUGGUUGAAGUGCUUGGAAUACAUUCUGUAUAUAUUGCUUCAGUGUGCAGAAGAGAUAAAAUGCCAUAUCUACAUUAAUACUAAAAUUGUUUGUCAAAUGAAUAAUCAAAGAUUCAUCAGAAAGGGGGGAGGGGGGCUCUAAGGAAAUAGUACUGGGGAUACUACUACAUGUAGUUAUACAUUUUGAAAAGAUCCUACUAGUUUUGGUAAAGACUUGUGACUGGCUGUURACCUGUAAGAGAUUGUGCAAUAAAUUAAAAGACAAUCAAAUAARAAAUUUAUUAUUCAUUUUUACAAUUUGCUAAUGCAACUAAUAAAGGCAAUAAUGCAAGUGUUCUC